AUGGCUAAUUCAGAAAGUUAUAUAUUGGAAGGCAAAUCGGAAACAGUUAUUGGAAAAGAGGAAUUACGGCUGAGUGAAAAUGCUAUAAAACAACAGGUGGAAAGUAAUGAUGUGAAUGUUGAUCAAAUUUCAAAUGAAGGAAAUAUCACUCAUAUGGAUAAAUGUCUGUCUAAGAAACAGAUGAGAAAAUUGAAAAAAGAGCAAGAAAAAUUAUCGCACAGAAAAGAUAGGCGUGCUAGAGAAAGAAUGAGAAAAAAAAUGAAACGUGCUGCGGAACGUGAAGCUGGUUGUGUAAUACCUAAACGAUCACGUAUAAGCCGAAUGGAAAAUUCAAAUUGUAAGCAACGAGUUGCUAUUGAUAUGCAGUUUGAAUCACUGAUGCGACCAAAAGAUAUUCGUCAUCUUUUUGUUCAGCUAUCUCAUGCAUAUGCUGUAAAUCGUCGAGCUAAAAAUCCUUUGCAAUUCAGCGUUGUUGGCUUUUCUGGUCCUCAGAACAAACUAUUUUUUGAUAACCCAAACAAUCAUCACUGGGAUGUGGUAUUUGAAGAAAAACCUCUUGAUGUGGUAUUUGAAAAAGAUGACAUUGUCUAUCUGACAGCAGAUUCAGAAAAUUCAUUGCAAAAACUUGAUAGUUCAAAAGUGUAUGUGAUUGGUGGUUUGUUAGAUCACAAUUCUCUCAAAGGACAUUGCUUAAAAUUAGCAACAGAAAAAGGAUAUGCGCAUGCUCGAUUACCUAUUGCUGAAUAUAUUAUGUUACAAACACGAAAGGUACUAACGGUUAAUCAAGUUUUUGAAAUUUUAUUACGCUACACGGAAAAUCAGUCAUGGAAGAAGUCAUUUUUUGAUGUGAUUCCAAGAAGAAAAGGUAUCAUUGAUAGUAGUAAAUGUCAGGGAAAUAUGAAAAAUAAUGAUAAUAUUGAAAGGCAGAAAGAUAAUACAACUGAAAAUGCUAGUGAUAUCGUAGCGGAAACGAUUAAUGUUCAAACAAUGAAAAAUAUUAAUAGUGAGCUUAUGAAUAGUAAUAAUUAA